UUAGAAUACAAACUUAGUUAACGUUAAGAAAUCCUGAGUAAAAUAAAUAGAAAAAAUGUAUUUGAAGUUCAAUUUAAGUUUUAUGACUACGGUGGUUCUUGUGAUUGGAAUAUGUGCGGUGACAAGCCUCGGAGCACGCUGCAAGCCCAGGAGAUAUACUCACAAGGCAAUGCAGACGGACCAGAAUGGACGCCGGUGCUGGGGUGAUGUGCAAAUAAGAUCCUGUUGGGGAUAUUGUUUGUCAUACGAAAUUUCAGAUUGGCAGUUUCCCUAUAAAGAAUCUCAUCAUCCAGUAUGCGUACACGGGGAACGCAAGCACGCCUCAACAAAACUUAGACAUUGCGACCCAGGAGUAGUGCCAGGCACCGAAGACUACCAUUAUGUUGAAGCCGCCAACUGCAAGUGCCAGGCUUGUUCGUCGGAAGAUACGAGCUGCGAGUGGCUGCCUCCGGAUUCGUCACUUCUUGGUGGUUUAAUAUUGAAAGAGGAAAUAGAAGAAGAAUUUUCUGAAUGAAUGACAUGGUUAAAAUCUGAUGACAACUACAACAAAACAAGAAUGGAAAUCUAAUGGAAAUAUCCAAUGUAGUUCGUAUGUCUAUCUACCUCACAUGUUGCAAAUUUUACUUACUGUUUAGUAAUCUAAUCGUCAUUUGGUACAAAAAAUAAAAUGUAUGAAACGGAAAAG